AUGGUGAAACCUGGAUGGUAUGUAGUUAAGUUCAGAAAUGAAAAGAAUGUUAUUGAAGUCAUCCCAAGUAAUUGGAUUGUACAUUUUGAAGAAUGUAAUUGGUCUUCAAAAUUUGGAUCCAUUAAAUUGCAAGAAGCAAUCAAAAAUAGAUUGACGCCAUCAGCUAUUGGGUGGAAAACAUAUCCUAUAAGAGUAAUAUGUAAACACAUAUUUGAAUAUUUUUUACUUAUGAUGAUGCAUCAAAUUUCGCAAACACAACUCUAG